CUGCACGCCGCGCUCCGGUCUGUAAGCCGUCGGAUCUGUUAGAGAUGGAUCGGCCGGCGGGUUUGCUGUUCCUCGUCGCCGUCUGCGGCCUGUCUUUUACCCGUGCUCAGAAUACCACGGAACCGACCACGCAGCCCCCUGCCAAACUCUCGAACUCAGAGCUGUUGGCGGCCAUCAUUGUCCCCUCCGUGGUCGGCGGUCUGAUCAUCAUCGGAAUUCUGUAUUUCAUCAUUGCCAAGAUAAGAGAGAGACGUCGGACUGAAGGAACCUACAGGCCCAGCAACGAGGAACAGGCAGGAUCCCGCGUGGAGCCCAACGCCGGCCUGAAACUACCUCCAGAGGAAAGGUUGAUUUGAGAAGAGUGGUGCUUACCGGGCCUCUCCUCCACUGAGCAGAGACUCCCAAAUGGAGGGGAGAGUCCAUCCCUUUCUACCCUUUCCUCAGAGACUACUGUAACCAACGCCAGGAGAGACCGUUACAGAUAAACCACCUCCGCUACGAUAUGUUUGU